AGACAUCAGUCAGAAUCUGAGAAUCUUACCUCUGAAAUGAAGCCAACCCCCCAAUUCGUGACACCAUGACCAACUCGUGUUGCACCUCUUGCUGCCAGCCUACGUGUUGCAGGACCACCUGCUUCAGGACCACGUGCUGCAAGCCCACAUGCUGUGUGUCCAGCUGCUGCCAGCCCAGCUGCUGUGGGUCCAGUGGCAGCGGGUCCAGCUGCUGCCAGCCUUGCUGCUGCCGCCCAACGUGCUGUCAAACCACCUGCUGCAGGACCACCUGCUGCAAUCCCACAUGCUGUGUGUCCAGCUGCUGCCAGCCCAGCUGCUGUGGGUCCAGUGGCUGGGGGUCCAGCUGCUGCCAGCCUUGCUGCUGCCGCCCAACUUGCUGUCAAACCACCUACUGUAGGACCACCUGCUGCAAACCCACAUGCUGUGUGUCCAGCUGCUGCCAGCCCAGCUGCUGUGGGUCCAGUGGCUGCGGGUCCAGCUGCUGCCAGCCUUGCUGCCGCCCCAGUUGCUGCUGCACACCCUGCUCCCAGCCAGCUUGCUGCACCCCCAUUUUCUGCAGGAGAACCUGCUACCAGCCCACCUGCUGCUGCCUGCCCGGGUGCUUAGCCCAAGGCUGUGGAUCCAGCUGCUAUCCUUUAGAUGAAAACAAUGUAAACAACAAGGAAGUCAUGCCCAUAGGUCCAAAUUUGGGGAUCCAGUGCAUAAAAGAGCCCAGAACAGAAGGAGACAUCAGUCAGAAUUUGAGAAUCUUAUCUUGGAACAGAAGCCGCCCUUUCCCCCUUCCUGACACCAUGACCAACUCGUGUUGCUCCCCUUGCUGCCAGCCUACAUGCUGCAGGACCACCUGCUGCAGGACCACGUGCUGCAAGCCCACAUGCUGUGUGUCCAGCUGCUGCCAGCCCAGCUGCUGUGGGUCCAGUGGCUGUGGACAAUGCUGCUGUGGGUCCAGUUGCUGCCAACCGCCUGCUGUACCCCUGUGUACUGUAGGAGAACCUGCUACCAGCCCACUUACUGCUGCUUGCCUGGGUGCCUAUCCCUGGGCUGCGGAUCCAGCUGCUGUUAGCCUUGUUGUCAGCCAAAUUGUUGCCACACCACCUACUGUAGGACCAACUGAUGCUGCCAUCCAGAUGCUGUGUGUCCAGAUGCUGCCAGCCUUAUUGUUACUGAUUACCUCACCAAGAACCACCAUCUAUACACAAUACUGAUUAGCCAUUUGGGAAACAAAGACACUACCAAAUGUUGCUGAAAGCCAGCAUGCAAUCACCAGCAUUUCUGUUACUCAUCUGCCUGUUUACAAGCUUGUGAAUCAGCUUGAUGAAGUGUGUACCCUUUCUCCCUGAUUCUCUUCUUCCUUAUGUCUUGUGAGCCCCCUGCCAGUUUCAUGAAUCCUGAUACAGAGUCAAGAUCUCUGCUUUGACUCCAUAGUCAAGAUCUUCAUCCUAAGUACCUUAUCUGUACAAGUAUGUUUUCUUUUUUUUUUAUAAAUUAAUUUUUAUUGGUGUUCAAUUUACCAACAUACAGAAUAACACCUAUGUUUUCUUUCUUAGUGUACUCAUGGUUCUUGUAUGCUUAUUUCUUCUUGUCAUGAUCCUUUUGAAUGUCUCCCUAGAUGCAGGGAUCUCACCUAUAUUUCUUAAUAAACUCUGUACCAUUCUGCA